AUGCUUUCGGCAACCCCCCUGUAUGGGAACGUACAUAGCUGGAUGAGCAAUGAGAGAGUCCGCAUGUGUGGCAUCAAUGAAGACAGGAAAAUUCUAAUUAAUGAUGGCGACAUUCAGAAAGCCAGACUUGAACUGAGAGAGGAUCAUCUCGGUCACAGCUUGGUGGACGCGGCAGCUGUACACAGAAUGGAUGGCUUAACAGCUCUUGGCAUGGACCGAACUGGACUUAUGCAGGAUGGUUUGCGAGUACCAGGUGGCAUGAUCUAUUCUAGUUUAUGUGGUCUUGGCACUGAUAAAGUCAGAGAACCUUCCAACCAAAUUCCAGGCCUCGGAUAUGCACCUGAGCGAAAUCCUGAUCUUCAGUUUAAGCCAAAUGCUGCUGAUACAAUGGAUAGCUCUUCUAUAACUGGAAAACAGCCAAAUGGCUUUAACUCGUUGUUUAAAACCCCACCAGGACUGCAAAAGACAUCUGUCCCUACCAGUGAGGCACUCGUUUUGGACAGAACAGCAAAUGACAAGCAGAGUCCUCUAGGUAUUAAUGGUGCUAACUACUUACGGAUUCCAUGGAUGCACCCCUAUAUGGACAAUACUUCUCCAGCUAUGUAUCCCUUCAUUGACUCACCAAAUAAGUAUUCUCUAAACAUGUAUAAAGCAUUUCUACCUCAGCAGUCUGCUUAUAGUUUGCCACAGCAUUUGGCCUACUCACCUGUCUGUCCAAAUGGUGAGCGCUUUGUAUACCUUCCACCUUCCCAUUAUGUAAGCCCCCACAUUCCAUCAACUUUGGCACCUCCCAUGAGGAUUCCUGCACCAUCAGCAGCUCCUGCAAUACCCACUACUGUUCACUGUCUAGAAAAGAAUUUACCUUGGAAAAUGGGAGUUAGCACAGGAUCCACUGUUGAUCCACAUGGAUAUUCACACAUGCAGACCAAUAAGCAACCAAGGGUUCCCUGUUCAAAGUCUGUUGCAAGCAGUAUCUCUCCAGAAGCCUCACUGUUGUUAACACCAUCUCAGAGACCAUCUCCGAGACUUCACCAGCCGAGUCAACCUGUUGGGGACAGCUACACAGAUUUUCAAACAUCGUAUGUCAAAAUCUCAACCCCACCUACUUCUGUUGUUCACACUAAAACACACAAUAGUGUGAUCAGUGAGCUUACACCAUUACGGCCAUCCAGCACGAAAACCAACAAGAGUAUUGAAAGUGAGAUUGCGCAGAUACCAGCACCUUCUAAAAAGCAUUUGAAGGAAAGAAAAGAAAGCAGGUCUCCUGGCUUGGUGGGAAAGCAGACACCACCCUCACAAAGAUGGAGUGGAGAAGCCACUUGAUUUGUCUUCAAAACUUGGUGAUGUAGAGAUGUCGGCCAUGUUGCUUUCAGGGCAUUCAGGGACUACUCUGGGAAUGAACCCCAGGGACAUUCAGAAAACUGCUAUUUCACCAUCUGGGAGUGGCAGCUCUGUAUAUCGACCUGAAAUAAUUAGCACUGCUUCAUCAUCAUGGGUAGUGCCUGGCAUGACUAGCACAGAAGACAUGAAUGGCAUGAUUAUGCCACUUAAAAACAAAGCAUUGGAGAGGGUGAUGCCACAGCAAAGAAGUUCCUCAUGUCCUCGUAUGGGGAGCUCAGAAGGAGUUAUCAGUAGCACUACCAGUUGUGUGUCUAGUGCAGGUCGUCCAGCAUCUGCUUCACCUGCACCCAAUGCCAAUGGGGAAAAUAAAAGCCCUGCAGACAACAGCAAGUCUGUCUCACAACAGGUUCAACCUACAAGUACACCCAGUAAGAGCAGCAAGGCACCAAAGCCUUCUGUCCUGGAGUCAACCUUAAAAGUGAGUGAAAGUGGUCUACCUCCUGCUCCUAUGUUCUUGCCUCAGAAUGAACCCUUCUGCUCUACACCCUUGGCUUAUCCAAGCAGUUUUAUCCCGUACCAAGUUUCUGAGAGUCUUGCUCUCUCUCAUUUACACUUACAUGGCAAAGCUCCUGUGUAUCCCCACCCUGUCUUGUUGCCAAGUGGAAGCCUUUUCCCCAGUCCAAUGGCACCAAAGCCAGGAAUUCCCUACAGCAUACCCACUACCAGGGAUUACAUGACCUACCAAGAUACUUUGGGCAUGGUCCAUCCAAUUUUGCUACCACCUCCCUCUAUGGAAAUAAGUAAGGAUGACAAGGCAGAGAGGAGAUCAAGGUCACACGAGAGACCUCGAUAUGAGGAACCUGUUGGCCGGGGUAGAUUAUUGGAUAUAUCUGACUCCACUCCAAAGCAACAUUUUGAAGUUACAGCAGAUAAGACUAUGAAAUCCCACCAGCAAUCUGUGGUAACCAUAAAGCAUGCUUCAAAACCAGAUAUGUUAAUUUCUAAUGGAGAAAAAGACACAAAGACUGACAAUCAUUUCACUGUUAAUGGUUUUGUGCCUGAAAAGUCUGUAAUGAACGAUCAGCAGAAAUUGGAGCAGGCCUCACAACAGCGGGAUAUGGUGAUACUUGGGGAUGAAAUGAUCAGAGAGGACAUUUCAAGAAAGAGUGACUUUCAUGAAUCUUUUCAGGUCCCUAGACCAUCUCAGAGCUCAACCAUUUUUCCAUUUAGACAGGAGAACCUUUCAGGAAACCAAAGCGUGGAUUGCACUGCAGUUGAACCUUGCGCUCGCUUCAUGGUUCCUAGUCAAAAUCGAGAUUCACCGGCUGGAUUUUAUGGCCAUCCACAGGAAAAACUGCAUCAGUUUGUUUUGACAAAUGGCCAUAUAGAUUCUGAAAUGGCUGAAAGAGCCAUCAAAGAUACUUGCGAGGAAUUUGAAACUAUAAAUGGGAAACUUGUGAAAACAAAGUCCUCAAAAUUGACUAAAAGGAUAGCAAACUCUGCCGGCUAUGUGGGGGAUCGGUUUAAAUGCCUGACUACUGAAUUGUAUGCAGACUCAAGCCAACUAAGUCGUGAACAAAGGGCUUUGCAGAUGGAAGGCUUACAAGAGGACAGUAUUUUAAGUCCACCUGCUGCUUACAGUGAGCGUGCUAUGAUGCGAUUCUCUGAGCUUGAAAUGAAAGAACGAGAGGACCACACACCUACCAAAGACUUGGAAACUUGCAAAUACAAUCAGCCUGAGCGAGACGAAGCCAAGCCUCCCCUAGAAAUUAACAAGCCAGUCUCUACAGUGCUGGGAGAGUCCAUCAUCAGUCAAAUGGAAGAUGACUGGCAAGAGAGGGAUCUGAAAGAUGUUCCCAAAUCCACCGAAGAGUCCCACUGUAACGAAGUUACAAACCUGAAAGUCUGCAUUGAAUUAACAGGACUGCACCCCAAAAAGCAACGCCACUUGCAGCACCUCCGAGAGCUGGGGCAGCUGAACCGGAAGGAGCUGUGCGAUAGCCGUGACAUCCCAGAGACUGAGGACAAGCAGAGAAGUUUGCGAGAGGAGCUACUCAAGGCUAAAUGUGAAAGCAAAGGAAGCUCUGACCAUGUUAAAAACUGCAAUUCUGCACAAGACAUUCCAACAUCUCCGCAUGUGAAAGGCUUUCCACCUGGUUGCCCAAGCAGCAAACGGCAGAGUCAGCCAAACCCCGCCCCAGCCCCCAGGUUAGCAGCCAAGCAGCAGAAGAUUAGAGAAGGCCGCAAGGCGUACGUGUCGUGCACAGAUGAAGAGGGGGGUCUCCAAGUCACGUCAUUGCCUGAGGAUGACACAGAGUGCGAGAAGCCCGAGAAGCCCCCUGGAAAACGGCAGUGCAAGACAAAGCACAUGACUCAACAGGAAAGGAAGAGGAAAAGAUUGCUGCUGGCUGUUGAUGACAGCAUGGAUAUAGGAAGCACAGACGAGAAGGUGAUCAUAAAGGGCUUCAGGAAACAGACUGAACUCUCACCAGAGAACUCCCCAUUAAGAAUUGCAGAGCAGAUAACAUAUCUACAGACUUCAUCACAGCUAUCUCCACUAUCCAACCACCUUCAUGAUUCCACACCAUGUCGUCCCAUGCCUCCAGAAGCACGGCGCCUCAUUGUUAACAAGAACGCAGGGGAGACCCUGUUACAGAGGGCGGCACGACUAGGCUAUGAGGAAGUCGUCCUUUAUUGCUUGGAAAGCAAGUCCUAUGAUGUGAACCACCGAGAUAAUGCAGGAUACUGCGCAUUACAUGAGGCUUGUGCUAGAGGAUGGUUGACCAUUGUCCGACAUUUACUGGAACACGGGGCAGAUGUUAAUUGCAGUGCACAAGAUGGAACCAGGCCAAUCCAUGAUGCAGUAGAGAACGAUCAUCUGGAAAUUGUGCGAUUAUUACUGUCAUAUGGCGCUGAUCCUACUCUGGCAACUUACUCCGGGAGAACAAUUGCCAAAAUGACGCACAGUGAGGUGAUGGAAACCUUCCUAACUGAAUAUUUAACGGAUUUACAAGGGCGAAAUGGAGAUGACCCUGGACUUUCCUGGGAUUUCUAUGGCAGCUCUGUCUGUGAUCCAAAAGAGGAAAGUGGAUUUGAUGUCCUGGCUAAUCCUCCGGGUCCAGAUGAUGAAGAUGACUGUGUAGAUGCCUUUGAAUUUGAGUUCUCGGACAAUCCCCUUUUGCCUUGUUACAACGUCCAAGUCUCCCUUUCACAGGGGCCCAGAAAUUGGUUGCUUCUGUCAGAUGUGGCCAAGCGUUUAAAGACGUCCUCGGAAUCAUUCCGUAGCGAGUACCCUCACCUUGAAGUAGUUAGUAUUACCGAAGCAGAAUUCUACAAGCAAGUAUCUUUAAGCCAGCUCUUUGCCUCUCUAGACGAUCUUGAAGGCUUCAGUCCAGACAGCAAAGAACUGCUUGAGCUGGUGGAAUUUACGAGUGAACUGCAAACAUUACUUGGAUCGUCCAUCGAGUGCUUGGAUCCUGAAGGAGACACGUCUUAUGCCAGCUGUUAA